GGCCCCUCUUUCUAGUGUCCCAUGGUUGCAUCAUAAAUACCGUGUGUCUCUAUGUUCCUCAUAUCCACCUUGAGCCGUAUGCCCCAGCCUUGGUAGCAUCUCUCCUCCCUGACCUGCCAUGUCUUCUUCACCUAUUACCGUUUCUGAAGCGGGCAAGGAUGUUCCUCGGGACCUCGAGAAUCAGGGCCAGGGCGAGCCCAGGCGAUGGGCAAAGCUCAUAUCAUUCCUGGCCGUAAAGGAUGGUGAAGUCUACGAGGCCAAUCCCGACAAGAACCCAAAAUGGUACCAGAGAUUGCUGGACGCUGGCGUGGAAGAGAAUGGGAUCAAGCCGGUGCCCGUCGAUCAACGUACUUCAACUCAGUACAGCAACCUCUUCACCGUCUUCUUCACCUGCCUGUUGUGUUUGCUCCCAAUCCCAACCGGAAUGCUGGCCACACUCGGCAUGGGUCUGAGCCUGAGAGACGCCUCGCUCACCAUCCUGUUCUUCGCCAUGCUCACAUGCAUCCCGCCCGCCUUCAUGGGCAUAGGCGGUAUGGAGACGGGGCUGAGGCAGCUCGUACAGGCUCGGUAUUCGUUUGGUCGCUACCUCGUCACCAUACCGCUCCUCCUAAACGCCGCCACAGUGACAGGCUUCUCUCUCCUCUCGUCUAUCGUCGGCGGCCAGACACUUGCCUCCUUGAACCCGGACAAGAUCGGUGUCGACGUGGGCAUUGUGAUCGCCUGUAUCGUCUCCUUCUUGGUCUCCCUAAUGGGCUUCAAGGCCCUCCAUUUUUGGGAGCGCUGGACCUGGAUUCCCAAUUUGAUCGCCAUCGUCAUCGCCGUAGGCUGCGGCGGCAAGUACCUCCACCUCCAAACUGACACCGACCCGGCAACGCCGUCGCAAGUCAUGACCUUUGGCUGCCUGAUUGCCGGCUACUUCAUCACCUUCGGCGGCACCGUCUCGGAUUAUUCCAUCUACCACGACCCGCGGCGUACAUCCCGCCUCAAAAUCUUCCUCUACAUCUACACGGGCCUCCUCCUCCCCUCCAUCCCCCUCCUCGUCCUCGGCGCCGCCAUCGGCGGGGCCGUGCCCAACGUGCCCAGCUGGCACGCAGCCUACCUGGCCACAGGCAUCGGCGGCGUCAUGAGCGAGAUGCUGGCGCCCGCGGGCGGGUUCGGCCGGUUCGUGCUCGUGAUGCUGGCGCUGAGCGUCAUCGGCAACAUUGCCGUUUCCAUGUACAGCAUCGCGCUGAACCUGCAGAUGCUGCUGCCCUUCUUUGCGCGCGUGCAUCGGUUUGUUUUUAUUUUGGUUACUAUGGCGAUUAUGAUCCCUAUGGCUAUUCGUGCUGCUGAGGAGUGGGAGGAGAGUUUGACCAACUUUUUGGCAGUGAUUGGCUACUGGGCGGGGUGUUUUGAUGCGGUGUUGAUCGUGGAGCUGGUUGUGUUUCGGCGGAUGGACUACUCGACGUUUGAUCAUGCGAUUUGGAAUGUCGGGCGGAGGCUGCCGCCGGGGGUUGCGGCCAUUGGGGCGUCGGUGGUGAGUUUGGGGUUGGUCGUGCCGGGCAUGGCGGCGCCGUGGUAUACGGGCCCGAUUGCAAAGACGACGGGAGACAUUGGGUUCGAGAUGGCGUUCGUUGUGACGGCCAUCAGCUAUGUUCCAUUUCGGUGGUUGGAGAUUAGAUGGAGGGGGCAUUUGUAGGUUGUUUGUCUCCCGAGGUAAACUUUUAU